AUGACUGCUUCUCUCCAAUUGAGAUUAUAUGCUGCUGCCGCAAUCAAACCAGCGUCCCGUCACACAUCCUCUUUCCCCGCACGCACGUCGUCUACACAAUUACGUCGUGCCUUUAGCGUCCUUAAGAAACAACCUAUGUUGUCUACUGAGCUCACCGAGGCCCAGGUGUCGGCUCUCAGAGCCAACAGGGACCGCCUUGCUCAGGACCUCCAUCAUACAUGUCAAUGGGGUUACGGAAUCCGAUGGGGAGAUGGUCAUACAGACACGGGAAUGCAACGGCUUGCGCUGUCACAGGAGGACAAGCAAGUAAGAGAUUGGUUCAUCGAGACGACAAAAAGUCUCGGAUGUAAGGUCACAGUGGACGCAAUGGGCAAUAUUUUUGCUGUCCGGCCUGGACGUAGGGCAGACGUGCCUGCAACAUUUAUCGGUAGCCACCUGGAUACCCAGCCAACUGGUGGGCGAUAUGACGGGAUACUGGGUGUUCUCUCCGGUAUUGAGACCCUCAAAACCCUAAAUGACAUGGGCUUGGAAACUGAGGGUGGUGUUGGCGUGGUCAACUGGACAAAUGAAGAAGGUGCUCGUUUCCCAAUCAGCAUGGUCUCCUCUGGAGUAUGGGCAGAAUACAUUCCUCUCGAAAAGGCACAUGCUCUAAAGGAAGUUCCCACUGUCGCAUCUCUCCCAAGCGCAUCGUCUGCUCCCGAGUCCAUGAAAUCAGCACUGGAGAAGAUCGACUACCUCGGUAGCGUACCGUGCUCAUACAAGGAGACGCCUAUGGCCGCCCAUUUUGAGCUGCACAUCGAACAAGGCCCUCACCUUAUCACCGCAGGACAGCAGGUUGGUGUCGUGACCGCCGUUCAAGCGUACCGAUGGUUCCGCCUUAAUAUCUUUGGUAGAGACACUCACACAGGUACAACGGCAUUUGAACACCGCGCCGAUGCACUCUAUGCUUUUGCCCGCAUGAUGGUUCGCGCGCGAGAAGUGGCCGCCUCCCACGGCUGCCUCGCGAGCGUCGGUAUAAUCGAAGCAAAGCCGGGCAGCGUAAACACCGUCCCCGGCACCGUUAGCUUUUCUCUCGACAUCCGCGGUCCAAAGACUGAGCUUGUCCAAGUCGUCGAAAACGAGCUUCGCAAGGACUUUGAUGCGAUUGCCUCCGAGGAGGGAAAGGGAAUUGGUAAGCCCUGUCGGGUCGAGUGGACUUUAGACUUCGACUCACCUGCCGUCAAUUUCCACCCCGACUGUAUUGAGUGUGUGCAGCAGUCUGCAGAAGCAAUCGCCUCCGAUGCCGGCGUUGCAGACCCCAAGUCGCUUGUGCGUACAAUCAUGAGCGGCGCUGGACAUGACAGUGUGUUCACGUCCAAGAGGGUCCCAACGAGCAUGAUAUUUGUUCCAUGCAAGGAUGGACUUAGUCACCACCCGGAGGAGUUUUGUUCUGCGGAUGAUUGUGCCAGAGGGACGUCUGUGAUCCUGCAGGCCGUUAUUCGAUAUGAUAGGAAACGGUUCUCGGCAUAG